ACCCCCGUGGUCUCUCUCGGCCUCCGUUGAGCAGGAGCAACAUGGCAGCCUCCGAGAUGGUUAGGCUUCGGCUUCAAUUUGACUAUCCGCCUCCAGUCACCCCGCAUUGUACGGUCUUCUGGCUUCUGGUAGACAUGAACAGAUGCCGAGUCGUCACAGAUCUCAUUAGUCUCAUCCGUCAGCGUUUCGGCUUCAGUUCUGGCGCCCUCCUAGGCCUCUACCUGGAUGGGGGGCUCUUACCUCCCGCCGAGAGCGCGCGCUUGGUGAGGGACAACGACUGCCUCAGAGUCAAGUUAGAAGAUAUUGCUGUUCCUGAACUUUCUGUCCUAGUCAGCAAUGGUGGUGAUACUCACUUAUCAGCUGUGAAAGCCAAGAAGCGGACUUCUAAGUUGGAAGAGGAUGAAGAAACCGAACUAGGUUAUCUACUCUCAAAAAAGCACUGGAAGAGGCAAGAGACCAGCGGCAGCAACAGCAAGGUCUCAGAGCUGUACCUAAAAGCUGUCCCAGAACAGCCUGUGAGGAAAAAAAGCAAGCGAAAAAGCAAAGCAGCCUGUGACACAGUGGAAGAUGAUGACAGAGAGGCCAGAAAGAAGUCACCAAAGAAGAAGGAGAAGCGCGAGUGUAAGAAACAGACCAAGAACCACAGGUUUCUGAAAGCACAGGCCGUAAAAGAGUGGAGCACCCCCAACUGUAGCCCCCCCAAAGGCUCUACUGGCAACUGCGUGGGCAAAGCCAGGAGGAAAGGCGGGGCAGGUGCGGGGGCCAAGGACAGUGCCACCUCCUCUUCGGAGUCUGAGUCUUCUCACAGCUUGGGCAGUGAGGGGCGCAGCAAUGCCACUCCGGAGGCUGAGAAUUCCUCUGAGAAACCGGCAGCUGACUUUGCAAGGGAAGGGCCCACUACGAAGCACAUGGUGGCCAGCAAACCGUGUACGAAAGCCGCCUUUAACCUGGGCCCCGGCCAGGACAAGACCACCAGGGCCUCCUUGUCGUCUGGUUCGGACUCCAGUUCGGACUCGGACGAUGAGCGCGAGGCCCCCAGGCAGGUGCCAGAGCAAGGGGCUAGCUUCUCAAAGACAGCCGGUGCGCUGGCAGGAAGGGGCGGUCUGGCGUUGGGGCCCUCGCAUGUGGUGACGGGGGCCCUGGGAUGGAAGGCUUCUGACCAAAGCCACGACAGACAACCUGGCCUUCUGCCCAGCUUCGGAAGAGGGUGGGGUCGAGGAGAGGACCUUCUUUCUUGGAAGGGGCCGAGGGGACGGGGCAUUCGGGGGAGAGGUCGAGGACGAGGCCAUGUUCUGUCCUGUGUCUUGACUAAGAACUCUGAGAAUCUGAAACAGCAGCAACUACAAGAGACCGCAACAAAUUUAUCCACCAUCAUCCAGAAUCCAGUAGAGAUACCCAAGAAGGACUAUAAUUUGUUACCACUCUUAGCAGCUGCCCCACAAGUUGGAGAAAAGAUUGCAUUUAAGGUAUAUUUUACAUCAGCAACAGUUACAGCAAAAAAGCUUUUGGAACUAACGUCUGAUUAUUCUCCUGAUGUCUCCGACUAUAAGGAAGGAAAACUACUGAGCCAUAAUCCAGAGACCCAGCAAGUAGAUAUAGAAAUCCUGUCAUCCUUACCUGCUAUGAAGGAACCUGGGAAAUUCGACUUGGUUUAUCACAAUGAAAAUGGAACCGAGGUGGUGGAGUAUGCUGUGACACAGGAGAAGAAGAUCACUGUUUUCUGGAGAGAGCUGAUUGACCCACGGCUGAUCAUUGAACCCGCAAGUAACACCUGCAGUACCGAACAUGUCAGAGUGUGACUGCCCCACAUUGCAGCUUAUAAACGUCUGCUUGGGAAAGUGACUGCAACCUGAGGUUUUUUAAAAAGAGAAGUUAGAAGUUGUGCGUAUUCUUUGUUAUCUUCAUCUCAUUGUAGAGGAAAAAAAAUCUACCUCAUUGCUUGACACUGAGUGUUGUUUUUUUCCUUGAGGUUAACUUCAGAUAACAAAAUUUAAAACUUAACAUUCCCCAAAGGCAUUGUUAGAUGUUUGGUUUCUUUUUCUACUUUUCUGACCAUUGGAGUAUCGGAGUAUUGGAGUUCUUGUACCAAGUACGAGAACAGGCUGCGUAUCUUGUCUCGAUAAGUUUUAUUAGGUAGCAUUUUAAAAAGAUUAAAACAUGUUGCUUUACCUAAUUUUUUAAUGUUUGAGGUGUUCCAUUCAGUGUGGAACAUCUUACAAAUUUCAAGUAUUUUAUACUUGUAGUUGCCGAGAAUUAACAGGCAGUUGGAUUUGUUAUGGGCAGUGAGUUAAGGGACCCUUUCACCUUUUUCCAAUUUAAAAUUUAAGGGUUUUCAGAGGCCCAUGUGCAGAGCAGUGAAGGUAGCUUCUCAGGUGUGCUCGGAGGAGAGGCCAGGUGCUCAGGCUCGGGCUCGGGCUCGGGCUCGGGCUCCGGCUCGGGCUUGGGCUCGGCAGGAGGGUCCCUGCGCACCUCUGAGCAGUGAUGUGCUGUUUUCCUGCAAGAUGCUGGGCACCUGGCUCCGUGUGUGGAAUGAGGAUCUUGAAGAGAAAUUGCCUUUUCUGUUAUUCAGAAGCUAAAAUGGCUAAAUAUAUGAUGUGAAAAGUGCUUUCUUUUAACAAAAGAUCAGAUCUCUCCUUCAGCUUUGCAAAUUUCUAAAUAAAAUCAUAUUGAACAUAA